AUGGUACACUGUGUAGCCUUCGGUUGCUGUAACAAAGACAUCGACAUCAAGCGAGGGGUGAGUUUCUUUACUCUACCGCUCAAGAAGCCAGAUCCCUUGAAGCAAUGGCUUGUCAAGUUGCGUUUGAAAGACCCACCCGUAUCCAAGCACAGCCGUGUUUGUUCUGAGCACUUUACUCCAGAAUGUUUCGAACGUGACCUAAAAGCUGACCUAAUCGGAACAAAGACCGCGGUUGAAGAGAUUCUCUUGGGUGCAUCUAGCAAAAAGUCCAAGGAAGAUAAUGAAGAAGCACCUCAAGAAAAUAUUGUUUGUGCUGAUGUUCGUAAGUCUACUCGGGAGGUAGGAACACAGUAUGACCUGGAUGACAUACUGGGAAACUUUGAUGACCGUUCUUACCACAUACACACGUCAUCACCAGUCAGGGCAGUAACAGCAGAUAUCAUGGAAGUCAAAUUUGAUGUCAGCCGAAGUCAGCUUGCAAUCACGGAUGAUAGCCAAGAAGUUCUUCCAGCUAGUCAAAAAGUGAAGCAUCAGAAGAAGUAG